GCAGUUGCCAAAGCAGUGUUUCAAUUCAUCCCAUGCCAGAUGGAUUUCAUGCUACCUUUGUGAUGACGAUGUGUACCUACAGGGUUAUUUAAACACCUUCUCUGACAAAAGAUGCAGUCAGUCUUAAAAAUGGCUCUGAUUUGGGUGGUGUUCCUAAUGAUUGCUGGCUGUAGUUUAGCUUUGGAAAGCACGCAGGCUUUGUCUCAGAGGUGUAUGGAGGACACCGACUCAUUCCUCUGGGAAAUUAACCAGGACAGGCCAAAAGAAUUUGCUGUUCUCAUGUAUGAUUCAUUCGGAAAGAUGGGCAGCAACGUUGAGGGAGGUAACACCAACCAGCCUGGCUUGCUGCAGCAGUGUCGCUCUGCUCAUGGCCCCACAUUCUCAGGACAGUACUGCCAGGUGUUCCUGAGGCAGGGAACAGCCCAGUACUUUGUGGGUAUUUGUGUUCCUGACUCCUGUGGAGAAGCGGAUGUGCAGAUGUUGGUAGUGUACGGGAGACUUCAAUAUGGUCAGAUGUCCCUCAUUCCUCCUCUACCUCCCAUUUUGGUCAAUGAUUCCACUCAGGAGAUGUUCAUGACCCACUGCUUGUCCAACACGAUUACCCCUGAUGCAUCAGAUAUCACCUGCCUAUUUGUGUGCUGCGUAAUGGUAGCCAUCCCUCUUGCUGCUACCUUGUCCACAGCUUUAAUAAAGUGGCAGCGCAGCAGAGAGGUCAGUCCAGCUGCAGAGUGUUCCUGUUUAAACAGUGAUCUCAACCUUUAUGGGACCAUGAAGAGCAACGGCUCUUCUAGUACUGAAAUCAACAGCAACACUUCAGAGGAAAAUGGCAGAGACAGCAGCAGCCCAAAUCCACUAUGUUUCCCUCAACGGUGUUUGUACCAGUGCCUUCAGGUGUUUUCUCUACAAACCACCAGCCAGGGUGUCUUAAGCACAUCUUCAUCCUUCAGAGGAGGAGGCCUCUCGUCCCUAAAUGGCAUUCGUGUGCUCAGCCUGUUGUGGAUCAUGUGUGGACACUCUUCACAGUUCCCUGUUGUAAACAACCUGGAUAACUACAAAAACUGGAAGAAUACAGUUGAAAGCAGUCCGCUGUACGUGCUCUCCAUAAGUGGACCUGUUUUUCUGGCAGUGGACACCUUUUUACUGUUAGGGGGUCUGCUUAGUGCAAGGUCUCUGCUGGGCUCCAUUGGCAGGGCUGAAGACAGACUGAGCCCACGCUUGGUGGCCUGCUACCUCAUCAGGAGGAUUAAGAGGAUUCAGCCACUGCAUUUGUUCAUUAUGUGUCUCACUAUUGGCCUUAUCUCUCUGGUCCGAUGGGGACCCUACUGGUUUCCAUUAAUAGACACACUGAUGGAUUGUAAGAGUUACUGGUGGGCAAACUUACUGUUGAUUAGCAACCUCCUUCCAGUCCAUGAGAUUUGUAUUCCUUGGACAUGGUACCUGUCUCUGGACUUUCAAUGUUAUGUCACCACACCUCUGUUGGUCUAUUUUUACAGACUAAACAGAGGUGUGUUUGCAUGUGUUGCUGGAGGCCUUCUGCUGAUGACUUCUCUGUGCAGUGCUGUUGUAACUGCUCUCCUUCAGCUGCCAGUCUUUCAGCCAUCUACACUGACAUCACAGAAUUAUGUUUUGUAUUACUAUGUGAAACCCUACACCAGAUAUGGACCUUUUUUAAUAGGGAUCUUGACUGGAAUAUAUCUGACAACAAAGAAAGAUCAGCUGUUAAAGAAAAAGUGGCAGGCAGCAGUUGGUUGGUUCUGCUGUCUAUCAGUCAUGGCUGCAUUGGUUGAAUUUGCAUACAUCCUCAGAGAGACCCCAACCUAUCCAUCUGUGCCACAUGCGCUCUACCAGGGGCUGCAUAGACAACUGUGGGCUUUGGCUGUGACCUGGAUCAUAGUGGCAUGUGAGGAGGGUUAUGGAGGUUUUAUCAACAGACUCUUGUCAUUGGAUGUCUGGGUUCCUCUCUCCAACAUAAGUUUUGCCUGCUAUCUGACCCAUCCAGUCUUCAUUAUCCUCUACAUCGGCUUGCAAGAGACCCCAAUCCAUUACACGGACAUAAAUUUUAUGUACAUGUUCCUUGGCCACAUUUCACUCACACUGGUGGUGAGCUAUGUGCUCACUGUCCUGGUUGAGAAGCCCUAUCUUCUUAUUAAAUGGGGCAGUAAAUAGGAACAAGUCAGAGCUGAAAAUUACACAGAUGACUCACAUUUUAUUGUCUUUUUGUUUGUGCCUUGUAAGCUAUGCCAGUGCUUUUGUUCGGUUAUGCUUUUGUUUAAAUA